AUGCCCUCAACUUCAACCUUAAUCGCCGGUGAAGAAUCGGUUAUUCCACCGUUGGCAAGUGUUUCCGGCGAAUCGUUUCUCUCCGAGAUGACUCAGACUGUUCAUUUUUCCUCUGGGAACCCUAGAAUCGGGGAGACUCGCGGCGUCAUGCAUCUAUUUCCCGAUGAUUCCGUUUCGCCGUCGUCUUCUUCUUCCUCCUCGAAUCUCCCUAUUGGGAGGAACCCUCUGGUUUGCGUUCUCGGGGUGCCGAACCACAUGACAUAUGCAGAUUUUUGCCAGUUCUGCGGCUCCUUCAUCCAGCACAUACUCGAAAUGCGAACUGUGAGGAAUGAUGAGAUUGAAAAUAGAUAUAACAUUUUGAUAAGGUUUGAUUCUCAAGAGUCUACUGAUACAUUCUACCAGCAUUUUAGAGGGAAACGAUUCAAUUCUCUUGAGGAAGAUGUUUGUCGCCUGCUUUUUACUCUAGAUGUUCAGUUUACCGGUUAUAGUGGAUCUAUUGACCACACUCAGCCUUCUUCUGCUGGCCCAAUUGAGCAACCUACUUGCCCUGUUUGUCUUGAGAGAUUGGACCAAGACACUGGUGGUAUUCUCACAACUAUGUGCAAUCAUUCCUUCCAUUGUUCAUGUAUUUCUAAUUGGCCGGAUUCUUCUUGCCCGGUUUGUCGAUAUUGCCAGCAGCAGCCUGAAAAUUCAGAAUGUUGUGUUUGCCAAACAACGGAGAAUCUCUGGAUGUGUGUUAUUUGUGGGGUUGUUGGCUGCGGAAGGUACAAGGGAGGACAUGCCAGAACGCACUGGGAGGAGACGGAGCAUUGCUAUUCACUUGAGCUUGAAACACAGCGUGUUUGGGAUUAUGCUGGUGACAAUUAUGUUCACCGGCUUAUUCAAUCCAAAACUGAUGGCAAGUUAGUAGAGUUGAACUCUCACGGUAGUUUGAGCAAGGAUGGUUGUGGAAGCUGUGAAUAUUCUGACAGUGGAAUGAGUGAUGCUCUCUUGAACAGCAAAGUGGACAUGAUCAUCAGCGAGUACAAUGAACUCCUCCAGGCACAACUAGAGAAUCAAAAACAAUAUUUUGAAAAAUUGCUACAAAAUGUCAAAGAGGAAACGGAACAGAAAGUGUCAGAGGCUGCGAGCAAGGCAAUAAGCCAGAGACUGCAGAAGCUGCAAGCCAGACGUGACAGAUGUUUUAAAGAGAAGCAAUUUCUUGAAGAUUUGAACGAAAAUCUGAUAAAAAACAAGGACGUAUGGAGCACCAAGAUUACAGAAAUGGAAGAAAGGGAGAAGAAGGCGGUUCAGGUGAAGGAUGAAAAGAUUGAGCGCUUGGAAGAACAGCUUGGAAAGCUAAUGGCCCAAAUGGAUGGUGGUGAGAGUGAAGGAGGAUCAGAGUUAAAGGAGGAGGUGAAGGACGGCACCGUGUUGGCCAUAUCAACCAAUACUACUACUACAACCUCUUCCUCUGGGACUGAGAAAGUUAAACAUGCAAGUGAAAACAAGAGUAACAGAAGAAAGGGUUGA